GGCUGUGCCGUUUCACGCGUCAACGCGGAGUGGGAGUAGAAGGGGCUCGCGAGCCGUGCCGAGCCAAGCCGAGAGCCGUGUGCGCUGCCGGACCGUAGAGCAGCGUGGAGCAGCGCGACAUUGGCUUUUAGCGGUGGCGCGGCCCGUGUGUGCCAUAACGGCCACUGCCGGACACGACACGAUCCAUAGUACAGUAGUAGUGCGCGUUCGUUUACAAGAUGGCAGACGACGGUCCGUCCGCGGCGGCGACGAACGAACUGGGAGACGGUGAUUCUCGCGUGACGAGGGAGCGGCACAAACGCGCGGACGCCACCACGCCGAUCGUGACGACUCCAGGUCAGGACGCUUCGUCCGCGAAGCGCGGGCACGAGGACGCGUCUUCGUUCGAGUCUUCGAUCGACGAUCAUCGUCGUUCGCACCACGACCGCCGUAUUCAUUAUCGUCAGCAUCAUUCACCUCGUCAUUCCUACCAUCAUCCACCACCACCAUCUCAUCAUUAUCAUCAUCAUCAUCAUCAUCAUCACUUUAAUCCUCAUCGUCAUCACCUUACCAAUCAUCGUGACAACGACAGCGAUUGCAUUGUUAGUAACAACCACAGAAGUGGUGGUAGUAGUGGUGGUGGUGGUGGUGCCGCGGCGACCGGUGGUGGUGAUGAUUCGUGCGUCGACGCGACUGGGACAUCCGCGAGUGACGACGAGGAGAAGAGCGGCAGCGGUGACAGCGGUGGCGUCGGCGUCGACGGCAGUGGUAGCAGCGGCGGCGACGGCGGCAGUGUCGGUCUGUACCACCACGACGAUGUUAGAAUCGAGAUAGUCCGUAGCGUCGUGUCCGACGACGACGACGACGAUUAUUACGACGGCAGCGGCGGCGUCGAUAGUGACUGCGACGGUGAUAGUGGUGGCAGUAGUAAUAUUAGUGGUAGUAAAAGUGGUGCUGGUGGUGUCGCGGUAAUCAUGACCGGUAAUAAUAAUAACGCGGUGACGCGCGUCGAGGACGCCGACAGUGCGGCUGAUUCGUCGUCGUCGUCGCCGCGACGCACGAGCGCGGACGGUGCGCCGGAAGUGAAUGACCGCGAGGAUCGCGACGACGGCAGAAAGAGAGCCAGCGUCGCCGUAGUCGCGACGAGGGAGGCGAAGCCGAUGGCGGAGGACGAGACGCGAGCGGUCGGCGAGAACGCCGCCGCGGCUACGAAGAUGGAUAACGGCGCGGUCGCUAGGCAUCAGGGCAGUCCGUUCAAGGGACAGGUUAGGAUGGCCGAGGACACCCUCGUCGGACCCUGCGGCAAGAAGCGGUGCGCGGAUCGAUACGACAGCUCCGAGAGCUCUGACAGUGGAGUCGCAGUUUCUUGCGGGGAAUGCAGCAGCAGCGGCACCAGCGAUAUCACGGAACCGGGCUCGCCGUGCAGCACCAGCAGCGACGAGGGGGUAGCAGCGUUACGCGGCACGUCCGCAAGUCCGCUGCUGCCGUCCCAGCCCAAGCUGGCGCCGUCCUCGCAGAUCGGCACCAGGCCCCAGUGGCCCUGGACCCCGCCGUUGGCGGCGACCGCCUGUUCCACCACCGCGUACAAGAGGCUGAGGGGCGAGCCCGAGGCCGGCACCCUCCCGCGCUCCGGCGCCGCCGAUCCCACCUCCAGGGGUGCCGUCAAGGCGAACGGAAAGACCGGCCAGCAUCACCACGAGUCCCAGGGCAAGAUCACGGAGUACUUUAAGACGCAGAUCAAGCCACAGCAGCCGAAGGUUAAAAAAGCAAGCGAGAUGUCAGUGCUAGUAGCAAAGAGUUCGUCGGAGUUUCGGAGGCCACCUACGGUGCAGAGGAACAAGGGUGGACUCGCUAAAUACCUGGGCAACACAAUGUCUUCUAACCCGAGCCGCGGUACUUCAACUAACGAUUGGGAAGUAAGAACGCUAACGUCACCAUCGGCGAUCGCGAAGAAGCCGCCGCUGGUCGUCGUGCCGAGGGCCAAUAGCAAAAUAGACAAGAAACUGCCGAAGCCGCUGCCAAGUUUGCCAAUCUCAAACGAUGUACUGAAGAAUCUGUCAAAGAUCUCAUCCCUUAGCAGAUUAACUUCGGAUGUGAAUAUCAAUACGGCCAAAUGCAGCUCUCCGCCUGCUACCGAUGCCUCGUCGUUACUAGGCGAGCCCAUGCCACUGGACUUCAAGGGUUGCAUCUUGUCGAAAUCGCACGUGAACGAGAAUAACAAUUUGACGAACAGCUGCGGCGGUAUCUUGGGCGCGUUGAGGUCACAGGGCGGUCGCGACUCACCGAUUUCGAGGCUAUCCUCGCCAUCAAAGGAAGACAGCAAGGACAAGGACACGCAACCAACGCCGAUCGACGAGGAUGAUGUGGAUGAGGAAGAUUCCCGAAGCAGUGAAUCGAAACCGUCAUUGUCGCCCAUUCUCUCGGCACCGACUACUAUCCGAUUUCCGGCGCGAGCGCCCGAAAAGGAUAGACCGCAGGCUACCGAUAGCGGGAUCUGCCGUUGGGAUAAAUGCGAAGCCAGCUUUGAUUCUGUUAGCGGUCUUUUGGAGCAUUUACAGGCUGCACACAUCAAUACGCAAACAGGUGGUGAUAACUUCGUUUGUCACUGGCAAGGUUGUAAAGUACAGGGGAGAACCUCAUGUUCCCGUCGAUGGUUGGAGAGACAUGUUUUGUCUCACGGUGGCAAUAAACCCUUCCGAUGCAUCGUCGAUGGUUGCGGUUGCAGAUUUAGCUCUCAGACCGCACUCGAAAGGCACGUAAACGGUCAUUUUAAUCAAUCGGAAACAAGUAGCAAUAACGGAAGACGUAGUUGCGAGAAUGGUGGCAAACUCGUUAGGAGAAACGGCAAGAAGCUUAGAUAUAGGCGACAACCUUGGUCUGCGAGACUUUUUGAUUAUUUUGAUUCGGGAGUGAUGGAAGGUCUUCAGCAUAGGCUACAGGAACUAGCGACAUCGAGAACACAAGGGCGACUAGCUGAGACGCCAGGAAACUCGAUGGCACUAACUAGUCAAGUUUUAGCAAGAAGAGUUGAGUCGGACGGAAAGACGAAAGUACUGUUGCGAUGGUAUCCUCAGGAUAUAGAACCGGACGAAUGGGUACUAGAAUCCGAAGUACAAAGUAGGAAACACGUACAUAUUCGCAAGAUGGCCGCCAAUAAUGCGGAAGAGGUGAGUUUGGCUCUCUAUCCAGCGAUAAGCAAUCGCGCGCCGCCGACGACGAGAGUGAAGCAACGUCGGAAACCAGUAAAGAAUUCGUGAUAAUGUCGGCCGAUCGACCGGAUACCAGAACUGACCUAACCUGAGCACUUACACUUGAACCAGAGAAGAAUAAAGUGCUGCCGAUUGACGAGCAGAACACGGUCUACACUCUUCCUGGUCGGUGAAGACAAAGGCCGCCGACAAUGCGACCUGAAAAUACCCGAACGUAUCGAGAGACGGAGUGCACGUUUAGAAGAUACCUUAUCUAAUCUAGGAAAACGACCAAUCCUUUUGCGAAUCCAUCGAUUAGAAGAUAAGAAUCGCAGCAACAGAGAGAAAAUCACGUGAAAGAUAAUAAAUUCAGAAUGAAUCGAAGUAUAGUCUAGCGAUACAUAAAAAAGAGGAUAAACAACUGGAGAAAGGACAAACGAGGGGUAUCCAUCUCUUGUUUGAGUCGAACGAGAGCGUUACUGGUUGUUAUAAGGAACAUACUCUUCGUUAUCGUUCAUUAAAGGAUACAUCCAAUGCGAUAAAUUCUAUGCUGAUCCCUGCCACGAGUACCUCGCAUAUUUCGAAGUUCGUCGGCCUCGGAAGCGCCAAGUCUGGACCUCGAAAGUGCCUCACCGUGGAUACGUUUUGUACCGUAUUCUACCGCCGAUUAAGAUUCCAGGGAUAGAUGCGCGGUGGAAACGGUAGCAUCGAUAUUCAAAGACAAAAAAACGAAAAAAGAAGAAAGCAGUAAAAGGGAACUCUUGUGUAAUUUGGUUUUGCCAAAGGAAACCACAGAGGGAGUGCACAGACCAAAUGUUUAAGCGGUAGUUACAAUUUAUAAGAAGAUAAUCACUCUGGUGGCCUUAGGAUUCAAUUAAUAUCUAACAUUGGUCCCUUGGCAUUUCCGAGAACUGAUGGUAUCUUACGAUUUCCGACGAUGCCUCAAGAAAAAAAAAAAAAGGAAAGAAGAUGCGUCUUCGAUUUACAAUUCGGUUGAAACUCGCGUCGAUUGUUGUCGUACGAUGACAUGAAGAGGAACACAUAAAAGGAAGACACGAAAAUGAGGAUCAGCGUGGACAGCGUGAAGCAGAUACAGAAAAUUGUAUCGAGAACGAGAAAAAAUCGCGGAGGAGAGGCUUAGGCUAUUAAAUGAGAAUGCAAAAGUAUGAAUGAAAAAGAAUGAGAGAAUGAGAGAGAGGGAGACUGAAUGAUAUUGCUUCGAACCCGCCGUUUUUUCCCUGAAUGGGGUUGACAGUCUCCAAGCUUGAGAGCUCGGCAUGAAGUUGAAAGAUUGCAGAAUAAUCGGACGACACGUACGCCACCGAGAUUUCUUUCGAGAAUUACUCUUCUUCCUAGAAAUGAAACGUAUAGAGAGAACGUUAUGUACAAAAAUGAAAAAUUUAGGAAAAGAGAUAGUGAUUUCUCAGGGUUUGAGGCAAGCGAGUUCUUGCAAAAGGAUAUCGAACUUGCCUCGUUUUUUGUGCCCGAGACGUGUUCGAUUUCUCAUGUACUUCAUCGUCGCGUUAUUUUUAUCUUUCUGCUGAGUCUCGCGCGGCAUGUUGGCAUACAUAAUCGUUCAUCGUGAUUCAAAAAUUUACUCGCGAGAGAUUUUUAUCGAUUAAAUUCCAAUUUAAUGGAGAGAGACGAUAGUAACUAAACAUGUAGCGCGACCGCAACCUAUGAGCUGUUAUCCUCAAAAGGGGUAAAUUACGAAGGCUGUGUUACAUUUCCCAUGGAAUUGUUAAGGAAAGAAUGUGAAAAGUAAACAAAGAAUGCGACAUGCGCCGUGCCCGCGAUCCGCGUGGCUAGCCAUCGCGAAAAAAGCAAUUCUUCUUGCGAUCACGAUCACUUCCUCGCAGUAUCGUGGAGCAAUGCAACGUCCGCGCGCGCAUGUAUAGUGAAUAAAGAUUGAUGUAAAUUAAGGCUCGUUAAAUUAAGGAGACGGAUAUGUGUCGUGUCGUGUGUGUGUAUUGAACGAUCGAGAGAUUGCUUCAGAAACAUGGAUGGAAUGAAAGAAAUGAGAUGUGAAUGAGAAUGAUCGAGCAAUUGUGAGAAAUGGAGAUCGCAUGAAGCACACACAGACAGACGAUACGUCAUUACAUACACACCAGCUAAGAAACACUGCCAAUACAAUUGUAAUUAAGAGCUCUACGGUAAUUAAUCGAUUAUAAUUAUUCUUACUAUUAUUAAAAAAGGUACGAAUGUAUAAGUGUAUAACCGAAUAGAUCUCUAGUUGACGCGCGUGGGUGAAAAAUGCAUCGUAAAAAGCGGCUGUUCCGAGAACAGCGCCAUCGAUGCGUUCACUCCGCGAGGCACGUGUUUUAAUGGAUUUACGAUUAAUUUUUCCGAACUACGUCGUGAACGCGCGUGUUGUAAAUGUAAAUACUUAGUUGAAAUUAUCGUAACGAAACGGCAUAUUACACUACGCGAAUUCUAUACUCGCAAGCAACGUCGUCGCUGAUACAAGUUACUUUGCGAAUACAGCUAUUUAAAAAACGGUAUAAUCUCUCUGUAUCCGCUGAGGACGAUAUCGAAGAUUACUCCUUUCUUUUUGAGAGAAUCGAAAGAUCGACACCAGAAGAUGCAAAAGAGAAAACGCGUCACUGCCAAAAUUCACGCACUGCCAGCUCCGUUGUUUUUAAUGACGUGCCUCUACUAACGUAGAAUCUCUCUCUGUCGCACGUUCGUUUGUGUCGAGCUUCUAACAAACUCGUUCGUCGCGCCCCUUUUCUCUUUAUACAUACUUACACAUCCACGGCCUAACCGCAAACCAUCGUUCAUUUUCCGGUUAUAUCCUUCGGGCAUGUAUAUAUAUCGCCGUUUUUAAAGAAAAACCGAUGUAAUAUAUAUAUAUAUAUAUAUAUAUAUAUAUAUAUAUAUAUAUAUAUAUAUAUAUAUGUAAUUUAGCAGGUAAAUUUAUUUUGGAAAAUCUAACAAGUUACAAUUAAUUUUUUGCUUUUAUAUUGUUAUAAUUCACAUAGAUUUAGAAAGAUUAAUAAUUCACAUUCUCGCACUUAGUUCUAACUCGAUAAUUUAUUUUUAUAAUUUUGAAAAAUUUGUUUUAUCUUUAAGACCGGCGAUAUUCCUUGAGUGCUCACGUCGCGAACUGCCAAACUUCGUCAAGCCUAUAAAUUUACGAGCACUGCCAGCGGGACAUAUGGAACAGGAUAAGUGAAAAGAGUCAAAUAUACAAUGGGUCCUAUUCACUGCAUUUUUAAACCUAUCUGAUUUUCACCGAGACAGUGCCAUACGAGGUCUCGUGAGAAACCAUCGUAUAUUUUUUGUGACCAACAUUUUCGAGUUAAGACACGAUGAGAUAUAAAAGCAAGAUUUGAGAAGCGAAGGAUUAGAUAUAAUAGUAUUGAUACAUCUUAAAAUACAAUGAGAUACGAUGUAAAUGACAGAAUCAAACAAUCCAAAGAAAUCUCUUAAACGUCCGAAAAAUGUUUGAAAGCACUUAGACAAUGCCUUGUAUCUCUUUACGACGUACUUUAAACAUUUAACAUUUAUGCGUUACUUGAGAAUUAAUUAUGCAUUUUUAUAUUUACAUCUUGCUUUUUAUAUCUUUGUCUUAUAUUUUCUCGCAUCUCAUUCAAUCAUAUUCAUCGCUUAUUUUUAUUCUUUCGUGGCGCGAUUGUUGUUCCGAUUGUUACUUCUGUCUUUUCACCUUGCCAAUUUUCUGUCAUAAGUUUUCUCUGCUCGUGUAAAUUAAUUGUCGCUAUUAGUCGAAAUUAAUAUCGAUCGAGUAAGGGACCAAUUUUUUACAAGUAAAAACUUGCCCGCCAUUUCUAGACGCAUUAUUUUCUACAUUGAGAUAAAAAUAUUGAAAUAUUUUUUUCUUUUGUAAAGGCAUGUUUAAUUUUGAUUGAAAAAUACAAUUAAUUAUAUUAGAUCGAGUUAUGUUAGAUCGAGUUUAAUCGUGUUUUGAAAUUAUUUUCUUUAAUCUACGUGCGAGUCUUUAGGUAUAAUUUAUUAGAGAGAAAAAGAACUGAGCAGAGAGGUUCCACUAGUUGUUGAGCAAGUUGCAUUUUCUUUUUAUUUCUUGGUAAUAUUUGUUUUUUUAUAAGGUGAGAUGAUAAGAAGAAGCUUUCGGCUACUUUGAUCGCGCUUGAUCUCACGAAAUGGAAGAAUCGCAACAAAUCGUAAAGAGAAAAAGAGAGAGAGUCACUUUAAAGGUCCUUCCAAUUAUAAUUAAUUAUUUUUCGUAAUGUGUAAAAGUAUAAUUUUGAACUAAUCGGCAAUACAAAAGUCACGGAAAGGUACAAAAAAACGGAAUUAAGUUUUGCGGGAUUAAUUUUUCGACGAGCUUCGGUAUGAUAGCCCUUAGUGAUUUUGUAUGAUAAGUUUAUUCGAGAGUUGCGAAUAUAUAGGUUGCGUUUAUAUAGGUCGCUUGUAUUGUAUAAUUAUACGAUUGGCGAGUCUAAUUCCGACAUUAAGUAUUCUCUUGUACGUUAUUGUAUUUUUCGUUUGUAAUUAAUCGUAUUUAAGGUUUAUAUGCGUUGGUUCAUUGCCAAGAAAAACGAAUCGACUGCACUUAGAUGAAAGAUUUCUUUUUAUUCUUUGGCACAUGGCGGUCUCGUUCGUCGCGAUUUUGGCAUGCUUGAAAGUCUGCAGCGAACAAAUCUCUUUUUAUGUAAACAUGUGAAAGAUAUUAAAAGAAAAUAUAUGUGAUGUGUGUAUUGCUCACACUCGCGUAACUGUAACGUUUCGUGUAUUUAUCAUCAUUUUUCGUAUCGGCCUGUUGAUAAUUCUAAAUUAUCGAUAAAAAAAUCUCUCUAAAUAAUAAGAAUAAUAAUAAUAACGCGAAAAAGAGACGGAAGGCUGAAAAAGAAAUAAAAGAGGGAGACGUGUGUAAAAGCAACAUAAACGACAUAACGAUUUGUAUACAUUUUUCUAGUGCACAAAGUCUGACUCGAAACGGAAAUCGUCCCGUUUCUAUGAUUUCUGGUGUUCUUUUUUUUUUUUUUUUAUACAUGUCCGUGCGUUUUUCGUAGAAUUAAACCUUAAUCCACGCGAUGCGGUGCGCAAUGCACUAAAUAAUAUGGACGUACAUUUAAGGGAGACGCUAUUAACGUGUUCGGUAAGAUAUAAUUAAGUUUGUAUUAGCAUUAUAUACAUAUAGAUGAAAAGCGAAAGAAAAUAUAAUGAAGCGAAAUACGUGGACACCCAUUCCUUUUUUUUUUUCUUAUCGCGAUUUUGGAAAGAACUUUGCUGAACACACAUACAUAUACACAUGCACACGCUAAAUAAAUGUACGCCGACAGACUUACUUCUCCUUUUUGACGGUGCAUGCGAGAACGUGAGAGAGAAAAGAAAAUCACUAGCCAUAAUUAACAAAGUGGUGAACGCGAGAGAGGAAGAGGAAGAGAAAAAGAAAGAGUGAUGUGAAUAUAUGUGUAAGAAUGCGAGAGAUACAGGGAGAGACACGGGCAACGUAUUUUUGCAAAAAUUAGAGAAAAACGUGCAGAGAGAAGAGAAAAAUGAAAGAAAUUUCAUCUGUGAGAUUCUCUUUCUUAAUCAAUUUGAUCGCAAUUUUAUCCUACAUUUCACCAAUAUAAUCGUAUUAGCGUCAUGUACAGAGAGUACAAGUUUUUCCUCAAAGAACAAGUGUCUUAUCUCUUUCUCCGAUAAAUUCACGCGAAGAUUUAUAAUAUAAUCGUAUAAGUAGCUCGCCAAAAUCAGCAAAAAUUAAAAUCGAGGAAACAUUUUCAUGAGAUUGAUGAUAUCGUAUAGUACAAUAAAUUCAAACUUUAUUAUACAAUUUUAUAAAUACAUUCUUGCUAUAAAAACAAACAAAGAAUACAAAAUACACACUGAUCACGCAAAAAUAUUUGUAAAUAUAAUGCGUAAUUAAUCAAGACUCGCAUAAGAGCGGGAAAAAAUUCUGCAAUUUUUACGUGGAAUUUCGAAAAUCUUGGAAAGAUCGAGAGAAAGAGAGCGGAUAUUUCUUUGAACACGCAUGCAAAUUUGAGGAUCUCACAAAAUGUUGACAAAAACGAAAGAACGAGUAAGAUUUACGUUACAAACGUACGAGGGCUUAGUAUCGGUACGACUUGCCAGUUUCAAGUCAAUCCCGAUCGUCGAUGUGCGAAAAUGCAGUAUAUUGAUUGAAGUUACAAUGCUUGUGUAUAAUAAACAAAAAAAAAAAAACAGCUAAACUGAUCGAAAUGAUCGCGUCGGAUAUUAUUUUGAGCAAACGCGACGGUAAUAUAAUUUUCGACGGGUUUCUCUCCACCCAAGUCUUCGACUUGGACUUGUAAAUAAUUGAAUGUAACGCGAUAUACACAAAGACUUCCCCGAGAUAUGUGCAUAAAUAUAGCUUAUUACAGAUAUAGUGUUUGCAUUUAUUAUAAAUUCUAUGUAAAAGCGUGACGCGAGAAAGAGAGGGAGUCGAGUGAUCGCGACGAGGGCCGCUUAUAAAAUUCUCUUAGUAAAACAUUGUGAUGGUUUUGUUUAUAUUAUCAGUAUUACAAGUCUUUCUGUUCAUUAGUUACUCCCCAAAACUUUCUAUAAAUUUCCGCAUAUUUCAAUCAUCAGUUAUCAAAAAACGCGUCAAUUUUAUUUAAUUAAGUUUUUAAUUAUUAAUAAUUUUGUUUUUAUUUUUUUUUAAUAGCAUAUGAUGAAAAAAAUACUAGAGAUAAGACCGUUAUAAAAAUUUAUAGAGAUAAUCAUAUCUUCAUCAUGUUUAUGUUACGAUGUACCGAACUCUCUGAUAAUUUAUUCAUUAUGGCCCCGCGAGAUCGCUUCGGUUAGAAAAGUGCUUGUACAUGUAUAAAAGUAGAAAAAUAUAUUGCAUAGUUUAAACUAAUAUGAUUUAUAGCGUGUAGAGAGAGAGUGAGAGAGAGAGAGAGAGAGAAACAGAGAGAAACUCGACGAGUACGCGCGGGAUGAUGAAAAGCUGGUAAGUCGAUUCUUGUCGAUCUAAUUUCCAAUUAUCUCAUGGGUCCUAUAGAUUCUUGAAAUGGAAGAAGGAAAUGAUUUUUUUCUCUCGCUACGUGGACGAAGCGGCGAGAAUCGACCGCGAAUGAUCGCGUGAAGUAUAUUCUCAGCUCGAUAUCUGUCCCAAUCUCAAGCGAUUUCUCUCACCGCUUCGUCGAGAUCGAUACGUAGGCUUGAUACGCUUUUCUCAUAUCGUGACAAGAUACGAUAUCGCGUAGCGAGGAGAAAACGGAAGACGUGAUAAUUAGCACGGUUGUUUCGCACUGCCAAAUAAUAAUAAAAAAAGACAACCAUAAGCGUUCAUUGUGUGGAUCGACCGAUCGUUGAAAGCACCGCCGGUGUUCAUUAUAAUCCACAUAGUGGUUCUACGAGGAAAAAAAAAAAAAAAGAUAAA